UCACCCAAUAGUGCUCAUCAAGUUCCAGUAAACACUCGCUCACCAUUGGAGCAGUAGAAUCCUAUGCGGAUUGAGGAGUGACCUCACCACCAUCCAACACCCACCGGAGCCUGUUUCUCGCCGCUGACAGGAUCUCUCCAAACCCAGUCAAUCCAUCAUCAGCCGAGGCAAACAAAGCCAAAGCACAGAGAAGAGAAGAGAGGAGAGGAGAGAGCCAGCACAAGCAGAAAAACCCAAACGGCAAAACAAAACCCGCGCCUCACCUCAAAAACCACCCAAAGCGAAGACCGCAGCAGAGCAAAGCAACUCGGCAGCCAGAGCACCAGUCCACCACCACCACGGCACACCCAGAGCACUCUGCACGAGCAGCGAGCAGCGAGCAGUUGAGCACGGCCCACCUCCUCCUCUCCUCCCUUCGAGCCCCUGACCUCAACCUCAUCGAUUGCGAUGAUGGAGAUUCCUCCACGCGCGCCUGCCCCCUUCUCCUCCUCGCCCCCAUCCGUAUAAACCUAUCCCCCCAAACACACGCAAACCAAGAACAAGAACCCUUUGCUUGUGCUGGGCUUCCAGCUUGAAAUCUUUGGAAAGUUUGAAUCUUUGAGAGGAAUCUGUGGUGGAAAGUCACCUCCCGGAAGUGCAGGGGAGAUGGCGAAGGCGGAGAAGCUGGUGGUGGAGGUGGCGGCGGCGCACAACCUCAUGCCCAAGGACGGGCAGGGCUCCUCGUCCGCGUACGUGGAGGUGGAGUUCGAGCACCAGAAGCGCCGCACGCGGGCCAGGCCCAAGGACCUCAACCCCGUCUGGAACGAGCGACUCGUCUUCCCUGUCGCCGAUCCCGACGACCUGCCCUACCGCGCCAUUGACGUCGGAGUCUACAACGACUGCACCACGUCCGGGGCCGGCAGCGCGGGCCCGCACGGGCGGAACUUUCUUGGCAAGGUGCGCGUUCCGGCCGCCGGCGUGCCGGCGCCCGGGGAAGAGGCCGUGCCGCAGCUCUUUACGCUGGAGAAGCGCAGCCUCUUCUCCCACAUCCGCGGGGAGAUCACCUUGAAGAUUUACCGCAUCAACUCCGGCGACGUGGUCGUGAAGUCCAAGCCGGAGAAACCGGCGAAGGCGGUGGUGGCUGGGCCGGAGGUAGUGGCAGCGCCGACGGUGACGGGAGGCAAGAAGCAGCAGCAGCAGCCUGUGGUGGCCGUGCAGCCACCGCCUCCGCAGCCGGAGCCGCCCAUGGACAUAAUGCAGCCACCGGCACCGGCUGCCAUGAAGCAGGUAAUGCUCGCGGACCCCUACCCCGUCCCGGCCAUGUUCUCCGGCCCGGGAGACUUCUCUUUGAAGGAGACGCGGCCCCGCCUCGGCAGCGGCGCGGUCGCUGACAAGGCCAGCGCGACCUACGACUUGGUGGAGCAGGUAGAGUACCUCUACGUGCGCGUGGUGCGCGCGUGCGGCGUGGCGAUGGUGGGCGAGGCCGUUGCGGAGGUCAAGCUCGGGAACUACCGCGGCGUGACACCGGCCGUCUCCGCGCACCACUGGGACCAGGUGUUCGCCUUCUCCAAAGAGACCAUCCAGUCAUCGUUCGUUGAGGUAUUCGUGCGCGCGCGCGGCAGCGACGACCACGUCGGCCGCGUCUGGUUCGACCUCUCUGAGGUGCCGCGCCGCGCGCCGCCGGACAGCACGCUCGCCCCGCAGUGGUACAGCAUGGAAGACCGCAAGGGCCAGCGCGGCGGCGCGGAGGUGAUGGUUGCCGUCUGGUUCGGCACCCAGGCCGAUGAGGCUUUCGCGGAGGCCUGGCACUCCAAGGCGGCCGGCGUCCACGGCAAUGGGCCACUGGGCUCCAUCAAGUCCAAGGUGUACGUCGCUCCCAAGCUCUGGUACCUUCGUGUCUCCGUCAUUGAAGCGCAGGACUUGUUUCCGAUGGACAAGGCGCCAUUGGCGAUUGGUCGAUUCCCGGAACUCUUUGUGUGCGCACAGGUGGGGAAUCAGAUUAUGCGCACACAGCCAGCUCCAGUGGUGUCCAGCCGGGGACCUUCGAGCCCACUCUGGAAUGAAGACCUGAUGUUUGUGGUGGCCGAGCCAUUUGAGGAGUUCUUGGUGCUAUCUGUGGAAGACCGGGUGUCCCCUGGCCGGGAUGACAUGCUUGGCCGCCUUGUUGUGCCGGUAUCGGCCAUCGAGAGGCGGUGGGAUUGGAAGCCUGUUGUUUCCAGGUGGUUUGGGUUGGACCGUGGCACGGGUGGUGGCAAUGUUGCUGGCAGCAAUGUGCACAGGUUCGGGAGCCGCCGCGUGCAUCUCCGUCUAAGUCUUGAUGGGGGUUAUCAUGUUCUGGAUGAGGCUACUGCUUACAGCAGCGACCUCCAGCCUACAGCGAAACAGCUAUGGGAACCACAUGUUGGUGUUCUUGAGCUCGGUGUUCUUGGUGCCACUGGCCUAAUACCAAUGAAGGCCCGUGAUGGCAGGGGUGCAACGACAGAUGCGUAUUGUGUUGCAAAGUAUGGCCAGAAGUGGAUCCGCACACGCACUGUUGUUGACUCCGUGUGCCCCCGUUGGAACGAGCAGUACACUUGGGAGGUGUUCGACCCCUGCACUGUCAUCACUGUUGGUGUGUUCGACAACUGCCAUGUCGACAAGCCAGCAUCAGGGAAUACUACUGUGGCUGUCCGUGAUAAUUGCAUCGGCAAAGUUCGCAUUCGGCUGUCGACAUUGGAGACUGAUAGGGUGUACACCCAUGCCUACCCACUGCUUAUGCUGCAUCCAUCGGGGGUCAAGAAGAUGGGGGAACUUCACCUUGCUGUGCGCUUCUGCUGUGGCAAUGCUGGGAACAUGUUCCAUGCCUAUGCACGCCCAUUGCUUCCGAAGAUGCACUAUGCAGAGCAGCUGCUUGUGCGCCAGGUUGAGCGUCUUCGGUUCCAGGCCACCAGUGUGGUAGCAGCCCGUCUUGGCCGUGCUGAGCCACCGCUUGGCAAGGAGGUUGUUGAGUACAUGCUUGAUCACCGUUCACAUCUGUGGAGCAUGCGGCGUAGCAAAGCAAACUUCUUCCGCCUUGUCAGCGCGCUCUCCGGUCCAAUCACCAUUGGCAGGUGGUUUGAGCUUGUCCGCUCUUGGCAUCGCCCGGUGCAUUCAUGCCUUGCUGUAUUCACAUUCCUGGUGUUUGUCACAAUGCCGGAGCUGAUUCUUCCAACAGCCUUUCUGACCAUGGCGUUCACCGGGCUUUGGAGGUAUCGAGUCCGUCCAAGGCACCCACCUCACAUGGAGAUGAGGCUGUCUCAUGCUGAUGCAGCCAGUGCAGAUGAGCUGGAUGAGGAGUUUGACACAUUGCCUUCGAGCCGGGGAGAUGUUGUGCGCUUCCGGUAUGACCGCCUCCGCAGCGUGGCUGGUAGGGUACAGACUGUGGUCGGUGACAUAGCAACACAGGGUGAGAGGAUGCAGGCCCUCCUCAGCUGGCGUGACCCGAGGGCGACACUGCUUUUCUCCAUCGCUUGUGUCGCUGCUGCGGUCAUUGCAUAUUGUGUACCUAUGAAGGUGCUGAUUGGGCUCUGGGGCCUGUACGCCAUGCGGCCACCAAGAUUUAGAAGCAGGAUGCCGUCUCCGCUUAUGAACUUCUUCCGAAGGCUUCCUUCCCGGGCUGACAUCCUGCUCUGAUGCUAGUGAUUUCUGCUGCGGGUUGCUGUGAAUUAGCAGCUAGCCUUCUGAUUGGAUUACUGAUUUUGGCGGGAAGAGGAAGCUUCAAAGGAAUCUAAGAAGAAACAAACUAGGAGUCUGUUGUAGGUGCCCGCUGUGGUGGUUUCCUAGUUUAAUGCUGUUAGCCUGUUAGGUAAUGUAUGUUGCUUUAUGGUUGCAGUAGUAGUUGUAGACUUGCAGUAGCCGCUGCAGUGAUGCUGUUCUUGCGCAAAGACCAACUGAGUAGAUGGUAAUGUAUGUUAUGAUGAUGAACUGAUGAGACAAUCAAGUUUAGUUUAUUAGAAAAGUACUUGCAUCUUUA